AUGGACGAUUCUAGGAUCAAUUAUCUUUAUAAAAUUCUUCCAACAUCUCAUGUUCUUCCACCACUUUCUUCUUCAGAAACACCAAUUACUUUAACCUCAUUAGAUAAGAAAGAUGGGUUUAUACAUCUUUCAAAUUCUAUACAAGUCUUACGAACAGCAAUCAUAUUUUUUGGUAAUGAAGAUGAAAUUCUAAUAUUAAAAAUACCAUAUAAUCAUAAAGGUAUAAAGGAAAAUAUUAAUUGGGAAGUUUCACCAGGAACUAUACAAGAAUACUUUCUUCAUUUAUAUGGGGAUUUAUUAAUAAAAUAUGUUAAAAAUAUUGUUAAAGUAAAAAAUCUUAAAAAAGUUGACAAUAAUAUUAUUGAAGGGUUCGAGGAUGGUUAG